UGCGUUGAUACACCAAAGUCGUUGAAAGAAUAUUGGCAUCUUGGUCCACAAUGGGAAAGGACGAUACAGACGCGUCGACGUCAUCUGCAGGCGCAAAGGAACGGCUCAAACAAAUAUCUGCGCACGUUGAGCCCAACACGCAGAGAAAGCGACGAAGACGACGUCCUGAUUCCGAACUUCCUGCGGACUACUCGGAUAUUCUCGGCCAGAUCGCUGCGCUCCGCAAUAUCGCCGCGACGCCAGAUCCGAACAACAGAGGCUAUGUGCGACAGAAACAGGCGGGCAAGCUAUGGGUGCGGGAGCGCGUCGAACAAUUAUUGGAUCCUGGGAGCUUCCAAGAGGUUGGCAGUGUGAGCGGCACGGUCAAGUGGAAGCAAUUGGGAGGCAUCAAGGAAGAGCCCGAGGAUUAUGUGCCCAGCAACAAUGUACAGGGCUUUGGGAGACUGAAAGGGAGGAAGAUUGUGUUCACAGCAGACGACUUCUCCAUCAGGGCAGGCCAUGCGGAUGGUGCGCUGAUGGAGAAGACGAUAUACAUGGAGAAGCUCGCUAUAGCUUUGCAGCUCCCCAUUGUCAAGCUCGUGGACGGGUCUUCUGGCGGAGGAUCAGUGACUACUAUCAGUAAAACCGGCUUCUCCUACGUGCCACCUCUCCCCUCGUUUGCCCAGGUCGUUCAGCAACUGAACAUGGGCAUCCCCAACUUGGGAGCUGUAGUUGGCCCAGCAAUUGGUCUGGGAGCUGCACGUGUUGUAGCAUGUCACUUCUCCGUUAUGGCUGCCGACAUAGGAUCUCUUUUCAACGCAGGUCCGAAUGUGGUCAAGAACGCAACGUUCGAAGAGGGCUUGUCUCUGACCGACCUAGGCGGACCUGCUAUGCAUUGCACCAAUGGAACGAUCGACAACCUUGCUCCCGAUGAGGCGGGUUGCUUUGAGCAGAUCCGCACCGUCCUCAGCUAUCUUCCUGACUCUGGCACCAAGCUACCUCCAGCGAUCGAAGUUUCCGACCCGAUCGAUCGUAUAUCUGAAUCGCUUCGAUCCAUCAUCCCUCGUGCUCGGAACAGAAUGUACAACCCACGAAAGAUCAUCACCGAAGUCGUGGACCAGGGCUCCUUCUUCGAGAUUGGCGCGCUCUGGGGCACCACGGCCAUCGUUGGUCUCGCUCGCUUGGCUGGUCGUUCCGUCGGUAUCGUGUCGCUCAACUGCGAAGUCAAUGCGGGAGCGCUCGAUGCCCUCGGCUCGCAAAAGAUUACGCGCAUGCUGAAGUUCCUCGAUGUGUUCAACAUCCCGCUCAUCCAGUUCGUCGAUGUUCCAGGAUAUGCCAUCGGAACAGCAGCAGAACGGUCUGCAACUAUGCGACAUGGUGUACAGCUCGCUACCACAUACUACAGCACCACUAUGCCCAUCUUUUCUGUAAUUGUGAGGCGUGUAUACGGGGUCGCUGGCGGCAUCAUGCUCGACUGUCGCGAUCCGCGGAUGAGGGUUGCCUGGCCUUCUGGGAUGUGGGGCUCUUUGCCAUUAGAGGGUGGGAUAGAGGUUGCGCAUUCUUAUGAGCUCAAAGAGAUCGAGAAGAAGGAAGGCAAGGAGAAGCGCGAUGCAAAAUACAAAGAGUUGGAAGAUGAGUAUCGGCGGUUGAUGAAUCCUGUUCGAACGGCGAACCAUUUCGGCAUCGAAGAGAUUAUCGAUCCGGCCUAUACGAGAAGAGUCUGCUGCGAGUGGGUCAGUCAUGUCUACGAGAAUCUCUUACCGGAGAGGAUUAUGGAGAGAGUGGCUGGACGGGUUAAGCCUACAUUUGCAUAG